GAAGCCGCCCUGCAGCAGCGCGCAUCCCCGCGGCCGGAGGCCGGGGAUCCCUUUCCCUUUCGCCUUUCCCCCUUUAACAACACUUCCGCCUGUAACUCGAGACAAGUUGGGGAAGGAAAAAAGAGGAAGGGAAAAAAAAAGAAAAAGGGAAAACCAGCGCAGUUAUUCCCGCCUCCGCCUCCUCCUCUCUCCCCUCCCCGGGCAGCCAGGAGCCACGUCACCGUCACCCCGGCUGGCUGCGGGCUGCUCAGCAGGAUCAGCCCGGGGCUCCCGGGCCACCAACCCCAACUUUCUGCCUGGGGCAGGGAGAGGAAGGGCCUGGCCAGGGGAGAGAGAACGUCUACCUUGGGGGAGAAGUAAGCAAGGGAGACACGCAGCCCGAUCUGGCAGGGGACAGGCGCUCGCAGCCAGGGCAGAGCGAGCCUCAACUUUCCUUUGCCAGAAGAGAGGCUCCGUGCUCGGGCAGGAAGGACGGUUAAGCCUGAAGAGCACGUUUGCUCAGGCGAGGCUUGGAGGGGGAAAAACUUUGCCUUUGCCCGCCCUGCCCGCAGGAAGAGCGCCCUGCUCCCUUUGCUCCAGAGGAGCCCCUCUGGCACCAUGAACAUCUUCCGCAUCCUGGGGGAUGUCUCCCACUUGCUGGCCAUCAUCAUCCUCCUGAUGAAGAUUCUGAAGUCCAAGUCCUGCUCUGGUAUCUCUGGGAAGAGUCAGAUUCUUUUUGCCCUUGUCUUCACAACCCGCUAUCUGGACCUGUUCACAACCUUCAUCUCUGUCUAUAACACUGUAAUGAAGGUGAUUUUUUUGAUGUGUGCCUACAUCACCGUGUACAUGAUCUAUGUGAAAUUCCGGAAAACGUUUGACAGCGAGAAUGACUCCUUUCGCCUCGAGUUCCUGCUGGUCCCUGUCACAGGCUUGUCAUUUCUGGAGAACCACAGCUUCACACCCUUGGAGAUACUCUGGACCUUCUCCAUCUACCUGGAGGCCGUGGCUAUCCUUCCUCAGCUCUUCAUGAUCAGCAAGACAGGGGAAGCAGAGACCAUCACGACGCACUACCUUUUCUUCCUGGGCCUCUACCGUGCUCUCUACAUUGCCAACUGGGUCUGGCGCUACUACACGGAGAAUUUCUAUGAUCAGAUCGCUGUAGUUUCCGGGGUGGUACAAACCAUCUUCUACUGUGACUUCUUCUAUCUCUACGUUACCAAAGUCCUAAAAGGAAAGAAGCUAAGUCUUCCCAUGCCUGUUUGAAGACAUUUCAACAGAGAACAUUGGAAAUUCUGAAGAUGAAGCUCUUGAUACCAGUUUUCCUUUCCUGGCCCUUUUUGACUAACGGAUGGCUCAGCCGAGUUUCACUCCAGUGCCGGAAAAACAAGGCCUGGAAAGCAGAUACGCUUUUCAUCCACAUGAGACUUAGCUUUUUUUUAAAAAAAAAAUUCUUCUUACUUGAAUUUGGUGCUAGUUAGUAGUGCUGGCCGACGCUGAAGUAGGGCAAAUUAUUCUCUCCCAGCUUUUCCCAGCAGCUACCUCCAAAACAAUCCUCUACCUUGACCCUGAGGCAGCACAAGUAUAACAGAAACUGUCACUACCUUUGGUCCUUCAGUCCUUGAACGAGUGCCUAAGGUAAAGGGAACAUAGCACCAUUAAGUCCGAUAACAUAUGCAAAGGCCAUGGACCCAUUUCACAUGUGACCACAUCACAUGUGACACAGCAGAUUCUACAAACUGUUAUUUUAAUGCUGUAUGAACUAACACCCUCCUGAAAGUUAACUUUGUCUGACCCUCACCCUGUGCAGGCCCCAUAACAUUCAGUAAAAAUAUGUUGCCUUUGAAUGACUCAAUGAAUCUUCCAAGUCCACAAGUAUUCAAACAUCCUCCCUACUCGCUUUCAGUGGCAGUUCUUUGUAUUCUACAAACUGGGACCAUUUCUAUUAAAAUUCAGUGGGUUGCCAAUGAAUGUUUACAACUCCUUGAAUUUGUUUGGGUUUUUUUUAAUAACUGGGAAGAACAGGGGCAAAGAUAGCUUUACACUCCAAAAAUAAAGACAAACUUCACAACUUAUUGACAACAGUGUUUUUAUUUAUACCUACAAAAGAAAACAAGAUGGUAUCAAAAGGACAAUUUACAAACUAAGAAUAGUAACAUAGCUCUUAGUAUCCUGUGUCUGAACACCACAGAUCCAUGAAUCUCUCAAUUCAAGUCUUCAUUAAUACAACAGGAAUGUGUUCAGAGACCAGCAGAUGCGUGAAACAAGAUGCUGAUCCCACACAAAGCCACUAACCCUUUCAUUGUUCAGAAGUCCAAACAGUAAAUUGCUUCAGGAAGUGCGAGGGGAGGAGACACCCAACUCAUCUGACACUCCCACAAACUUUUACAAAUUGAAAACAACGCAAACAAUACUAGAUGCUGAUGCUUUAUCAACAAGGGCCCUCCAGCUGGUAUAUGGAACAGAGCAGCGAGCACCAGGUGGGACGGGGCAGCACAUGCCACGGUGCAUUUAUGCAUUCAACAGUCUGGUUAACACUCUGAACUGAGACCCUGGACUUCAGCUGACCUCAAUGGCAAUAAAGCACUGCAAGACUUGGCAUAGACAUUUACAUGUGCACAAGUCUCCCCAAAAAGAAGUGAAAGCUAUAGCAGACUAUAAGGCAGCUUUGACGGUCCAGAGACCCUUUUUAAAACCACUCAGUGAGAUACCUUACUCCUACACCCCCUUAAACCACAUUUCUGCAUCGAACUCACAAAUUAAAAUAGUAAUAAUAAUAAAAAAAAAAGCUCUACAUUUGCUUGUGAGGGAGGCCAGAAGAAUCAGUCAGUGCCUGGAUAAACUAAAUGUUUCUGACCUUCACUUAACACAAACAAAGAAUUUCCUGCCCAAGCACUGGGAUUAGAUGGGAUGAGGGAACCAAGGUUCUGGAAGAUCUCUCCUUUUUCCCUCUGGGUCAGCAACCUACCUGUGUACUGCACAAAAGAAAAAAGAAAAAAAAAACAAAACA